AUGGCGGCUAAAUCAUCAUCAUACAACAACACUCAGGGUGUAUACCAUAAAGAUGAAAGAUUGAUUCAGACGAUCGUCGCCUCAUGUCUAGAGGAUUUUGGCCAUAACUUGUCAUUAGGUCUGAAGUAUAAAGUUAAAGGGGUCAUUCUAAGGGAUGACUCCUGUGGGACCACGUGGGAGUUUAAUCCGAUGCUUUCGAAAUUGUCGACAAAAUCAUGUCACCUCAUCGUAACAGGCACUGGACGAGUCAACACUGUCAACUUAGGCUGCGCUGCGGGAAAAGACGAACUUACACAAGAUGAAGUUUUGGUUAAUCAUCAACCAUUACUGACACUUUUUAUCAGGACUUCGCCUCUCUAA